AGGUUUACUCGGAACUAUAUACCAGCUGGACAGUCAAAUUCCCUACUGCGUGCUUGCAAGGCGACGUGCAUGCAUGAUUCACAUCAAAGACCCUGUGAAAGCCACGUCGAUAUUUAUUACAUCAUUUACUGCGCACAGUGGACACGAGUUACCCGAGUCACCCCACAAUACAUAGAUCUUGCACGCCUUCUUCUCAGUCCAUCAUCACAAGUCCUGCCAGAUCUACGAUGAACGCCCUGGCGUCAUCUUCACAGGCGUCUCCGAACGACAAACCUCUAUCACGCCCGCAGAGCCCCAGACUUACUGGAACUGCGUCACGCUUCUUCAUUUCUAUGGGCAAGUCCAUCAGCCAUAGCCUCCUGACAUCCCCAAGAAAAAGACAUGCGGAUAACUCACGCGGUGGCAUUGGCAUGUAUUCUACGCCCGAAGAACGAAACCCUUAUGUCCAGUCACGAAUGCACGCGAGAUAUAGAGAAUCAUCCGCUUCACGUCCCACCAUUGAACAAAUUGCAAUGGGUCUUCAUCUUUCAUGCACUCCCCAUUUGCGAAAUCCGUGUCACCAGUCUCAUUCCGCACCCUCUUCACCCUCUCAUAUACGGUACCCCCACGACUCAUCCGCACUGCACCGUCCCACGCACAGCCUUCCACCACCCCCUUCUCGUUCUUCCCUCAAGAAAACAAGUACCAGCAACGGUCCCCGUCCGAACUCAAUUGCAUUACUCGGCGAAUCUCCCUCCACGUCUACAAUAACCUCGACUGGUCCCGCAACACCUGACGGCGCGCGGUCAGUGCUGUCCCUAAAGCACCGUAUGUCGAAGUUGAUACUUGGUUAUCGUUCUGCGCCCUCAUCGGCGCGGAUUAUAUCUGCGGCGUCGUCGGGCACUGGAAGUGAGGGUACUCGCCCGACGACGCCACGAAAAUCGGUGCGAUUUUCUACGAGCGUGCUUGCGUUGGAAAAUUAAGAUGUCAAGCACUCAUAACUAUCUACCCGACUCGAUGUCGCACACAACACUACUUAGCUGGAAGUCCAGCUACCUAUUUCAUAUCAUUAAUCCGCACUCUGUUUACCAAGCGCCGCAUUAUUACGAGGGAUAGACAGUCCACUUUCAUCAUUUUUAUUCCACCCCAUUGUAGCACUGGAUUUUUAUUCGUUAUACAUCAUGUCUGUCCAAACGCGAUGCAAUUUUACCCUUGAAUUAUAUUGAUGUUCCGGUCAAGUUCGGUC